GGAUGCGGGUACACACGCUUUGCCGACGAUCCGCUUAAAGUCAAUGGACAGAUUUUGUCUGUUGAAUCGGAGACGGAUGGUUCAGACCUCUUGGUGAAGUGUGCCGUAGAACCCGCUCGUAACUUCAUAAGGCAACAAGAUACACUCAUUGUGUGGCAGGACACCGAAGGCUUAGACAUUGCACUCAGCUUUCAGGAAUUAGAGGGCUGUGUGCAGGUCUGGGCCAGCCUCAAUGUCGGCCAGGAACCCGCUGUCGUGAUAGAGGACG